AUGCCUGCUCGCUGCUGUGAUGACGACAGCAAAAUGUUUAUCGGCGGCUUGAAUUGGGACACUACAGAUGGUGCAUAUGCGUUCUUAGCUAUCUCGCGUGGUUUCGGAAAGGUAGAAGCGUGUACGAUCAUGCGAGACGCCGCAGGGCGGUCGCGGUGCUUCGCGUUCCUGACGUUCGAAGAUCCGGCGUCGGUGAACGCAGUGAUGGUGCGCGAGCACUUUCUCGAUGGCAAGAUCAUUGACCCUAAGCGUGCGAUUCCACGGCAAGAACACCAACGGGCGACGAAACUGUUCAUUGGCGGCCUCGCGGGGAGCGUGACCUCGGAAUCAAUGCGCGACUUCUUCUCGCAGUUCGGCAAGGUCGUCGAUGCAACGGUCAUGCUGGACCGGGAGACCGGCCGAAGCAAGGGCUUCGGGUUCGUCUCGUUUGAGAACGUCAACGUUGAGCCACUUCUCGGGUUUGGAAACCUCGAGAUCGACGGCAAGCUGAUCGACGUAAAGCUCGCACAGCCACGCUCACAGCGAGAAGGUUUUGUUGAAGGCAGUGGCCAGGGCCGCGGAGGUGGCGUAUACGGGGCGCAGGGUGGUGCUUACAGCGGUGGGGCACCAGCCGCAGCGAUGGGCACCAAUGCGUCUUUCGAUCCGCAGGCGUUGGCGUCGCUAUACACACGAAUGAUGCAGCAGAUGGGCAUGAACCCAAUGAUGGGCGGCAUGGGCAUGGGCCAGAUGAUGGGCGGAGGACAGGGAGGCGGGUUUGGUGUGGGAGCCGGUGGCGGGCGCAUGCCUGGAAUGGGCAUGAAUAACAUGAGCAACAUGACUAUGGGCGGUGCCCCUGGGAUGGGUGGCGGGCGUGGACAAAGUAUGGGCGCACCCGGCGCUGGUGGGAUGGGUCCCAACGUCCCUCGGGGCCCUCGAGCAGCAACGGUGGCGGGUGGUGCCGGGCCCGCGGGGGUUGGACCUCAGCGAGCAGGGCAGCGCGGACAGCAUCAAUAUCAUCCGUACUCACGGUGA